CGCUUCAAAGCUCUAUUUUUUUUCCAUCAGUUACAAUUUAUAAACAUGCUACUCUUCUUCUAAAAACAAUUAAUUAAUUUAAAUAAAUAAACGAAACUCAGUUUUUUUCUUCUCGUUUUUUCGACCAUUUGAUUCUUUCUCUUCUCUUCAGUAAUGGCCGCCGCGAGAACCAAACGAGGAGCAUUGCCGCCCGCUCAAGAGGUGGUUGAGAAAUUGGAGAAGAUUGUAAAGGAUGGGAAUAAUUAUGGGGCGUUGCAGAUGUAUAAAUCUUACAGCGUGAGGUAUGCAGCUGCUGAUAGACACACCGAGGCCUUACAAAUCCUUGAAUCAGGUGCUCUGGUUCAACUGAAUAGUGGACAGGUUACUUGUGGGGCUGAAUUAGCUUGGUUGUUUGUGGAGACACUAAUCAAAGGAAAGUUUCCAUACAAUGAAGAAACACUUGGUCGUGUCGGGAAGAUAUACCAAGCCUUCCCAAAGUUAUCUGUUCCCCAACAGCUGGGAAUGGAAGAUGAUGAUGUAGACAUGGAAAAACUUCAGGAGGCCAUGGUGGCAGCAAAAGUACGUGUUGAGAGUUGCUCAUCAUUUUUGAAACAUGCACUCAAGUGGUCGUCUGAGUUUGGGGCUCCCAAAGGUGGAUCGCCUCAAAUGCAUGUUAUGUUGGCUGAAUAUAUAUAUUCAGAGUCUCCUGAGUUGGACAUGACUAAAGUUUCUGGGCACUUUAUUCGAGGGAAUGAUCGAGAAAAGUUUGCCUUUACACUCGUGAACUUUAUGGGGAAGUGCUACCCUGGUGAAGAUGAUUUGGCGAUUGCACGUGCAAUCCUAAUGUACCUGUCACAAGGGAAUCUGAGAGAUGCAAACUAUAUCAUGGAUGAGAUAAAAAAGCAGUUGGAGUCAAAGAAAUUGGAUCUCCCACAUUCAAAUUUGACCAACUUUGUUGAGUACCUCUUGCAAACGUUGGAAAGGGAUGCUUUCCCACUUUUUAGGAUUUUAAGACAGAAAUACGAGUCAAGUAUAGAUCGUGAUCCUUUGUUUAGUGAGCUAUUGGAUGAAAUUGCUUUCAAGUUUUACAAUGUACGGCGCAAAAGUGGUCUAGACAGCAUGUUUGGUGAUUUCUUCAAGAUGAUGGGAGGAGUUCAAAUGUGAGGUUACAGUCCGCAUCUUCGAUGCCAUUUUGAUCGAUUUUUUUUUCAAGAUUGCGUAUGCAUUGGAGCCGAUGCAAUUGUAGCUCAAAGAUUAAUUUUAUCGUGGAUCACCUCUUAGGAAAUAAACCAGUAGUUUGUUAGGUGGUCCAAAAAAAAGGCUUGAAAGCUUUGAGUUUGGCAAAAACUUUUGGACAUACAAGCCCCAUGUUGAAGCAGUAUGAAUUCUUUUUGUAACAUUUUGCGAAUUGUAUUUGUUACACUUUAUUGCUGGAGUGCAAGAAUAAGAGAAUGUAGGGGAUCCAUCCCUUUUCUGUCUA